GCUGUUGUGAACAAUGGCGAUGUUUCGACGAAAGUGACGUUCUGACGGACAAAUGUGUUUUUACACUUUAACGUUACAAUCUUUUUGUAGAUAUUAAUUACGCUCGUUAGCCGCUAGAUCGGCGGGUGUCCGUGUUUAGAAUGGCUUUGAACGCGAACGCGUUGUCCAGUGACAUAAGCCGAAGAAAUCCACAAGAUGAGUACGAACUCAUUCAGAGGAUAGGCAGUGGGACUUACGGGGAUGUUUACAAGGCCAAAAGGCUUUCCAUGAACGACCUCGCCGCGAUUAAGGUUAUCAAACUGGAACCAGGGGAUGAUUUUGCAAUAAUUCAACAAGAAAUUUUAAUGAUGAAAGAUUGUAGACACCCUAACAUUAUUGCCUAUUAUGGAAGUUACUUGAGAAGGGAUAAAUUGUGGAUUUGUAUGGAAUAUUGCGGAGGUGGUUCCCUACAGGACAUAUAUCACAUAACUGGACCAUUAACAGAAAUACAAAUAGCAUACAUGUGCAGAGAGACUCUGUUAGGAUUGGCUUACUUGCAUAGCAUGGGCAAGAUGCAUCGUGAUAUCAAAGGUGCCAAUAUUUUACUGACAGAAGCGGGCGACGUGAAAUUAGCUGACUUUGGCGUAUCGGCGCAAAUUACCGCGACGAUUAAUAAAAGAAAGAGUUUUAUCGGCACUCCGUAUUGGAUGGCACCAGAGGUCGCGGCCGUCGAAAGGAAGGGUGGUUACAAUCAACUAUGUGAUAUUUGGGCGUGCGGAAUCACCGCGAUAGAGUUAGCGGAAUUGCAGCCACCUAUGUUCGAUCUGCAUCCGAUGCGAGCGCUUUUUCUCAUGUCAAAAUCCGGUUUCAAGCCGCCCACGUUAAAGGAUCGCGACAAAUGGAGUCCAACGUUUCACAAUUUCGUGAAAGUCGCCCUAACGAAAAAUCCUAAAAAAAGACCGACGGCCGAGAAGUUGUUGCAGCAUGCAUUUUUUCAAGGGGAAAUGAGCAAACGUUUAGCCCUGGAAUUGUUGCAAAAGGUAUCGAAUCCUAGUCAUAUGUUCACCGAUCUGGAAGCGGACGAGGACGGGGCGGUGCCCAACGUUCCGCAGAGGAUAGCGUCGCGACACACCGCGAGACCGAGACCAAAAAGUCCUAUACCGCAAUUGGAUAGCGACGACCAAAUUAAUCUCGAUGGAACGUUACAAAGAGACGCGAUUUCUCCGUCUGUGGACGGUAAUCCGUCAUGGGAUAUCAUGGACAUUAUGAACAACGUGAAGGCUGUUCGUAACUGUGACGUCCAUCCGGAUUGCGGUAUAGGAUCUGCGUUCGAGGACGUGCAGGAAAAUACCAUUGGCGCGAACGUUACGACUGAUAGUAGAGAGUCGCGUCGAAGCAAAACGGGCACAGAGAUAUUUCAUAUGAGUUUAAGGAGUCUAUUGCAGUACAUUGAUGAGGAGUUGUUGCUAAGGGGGAAUGCAAUGUCGAUGGUUGGUGGGCAUUGCGAUCAGCUAUAUUCCCUGCAAGCUACCCUUCCUCUCGGGGAAUCGUCAAACGAAUGUGAAGUGCAUUGCCCGUACUAUAAUAUGUCAGGAUCGCAAGCAAGUCCCAGGCGACACAGCUCUGUGGACGAGUUGUACGGUCUGGUGAGCAGUUCUCAGUCCUUGGCCACUGUCAAUGGACAACGUCAACGAUCUCUCUCUGACAGUGGCCCCAGAGACGAGUCCCCUCGAUCCAAUGGGCAAAGCGAGGGGCCAGGGGACGGUGAUAGGGAAAGUAUGAGCCCGGACUUGUUAUCCGACACUCCUCCCGUCCCACCGCGAAGGAGGGACAGAAAACGUCACACACCGCCCAGACCCAUCAGUAAUGGACUGCCACCGACACCCAAAGUUCACAUGGGUGCAUGUUUCUCAAAAGUAUUCAAUGGAUGCCCGUUAAGAAUACACUGUACCGCGAGUUGGAUCCAUCCGGACACGAGGGAUCAGCAUUUGUUAAUCGCCGCGGAAGAGGGUAUAUACAACUUGAACUUGAACGAACUUCACGAGACCGCGAUAGACCAAUUAUAUCCGAGACGUACCAUCUGGAUGUACGUCAUCAAAGAUGUUCUUAUGUCUUUAUCUGGGAAAACUCCUCAACUGUAUAGACACGAUUUAUUGGCGAUGCAGAGCAAACAGACUCAUAGGUUCUCGCUGCACAUGAACAAAAUACCUGAGAGAUUGGUACCUAGAAAGUUCGCCCUGACUACUAAAGUACCGGACACGAAGGGUUGCACCAAGUGCUGCGUCGGACGGAACCCGUAUAACGGGUACAAAUAUUUGUGCGGAGCAAUGCCGACGGGAAUUUUUCUGAUGCAAUGGUACGAUCCGCUUAACAAGUUCAUGCUUCUAAAGCAUUUCGAGUGCACGCUACCAUCGCCGUUGAACGUAUUCGAAAUUAUUAUCACUCCCGAGAUGGAGUAUCCGAUGGUGUGCGUGUCUGUGAAGCAACCAUAUCAACAGAACAAAUUGAAAUUGGAUUUGAUCAACAUGAAUUCCGGGGCGAAUUGGUUUCACAGCGACGAACUCGAAGAUAUGGAUGGUUCAGCCACUGUGAUACCCAGACGGGAGAACCUUCACGUUAUUAACGUUACUCAGUUGGAGAAGAAUGCGAUAUUAGUCUGUUACGACAACGUAGUCAAAGUAGUAACUUUGCAAGGGAAGCCUAGAUCCAGCAGGAAGCACAUGUCGGAGUUACAUUUUAACUUUCAAAUCGAAUCGAUCAUCUGUUUGCCAGAUAGCGUAUUAGCAUUCCACAAGCAUGGUAUGCAAGGUCGGAGUUUCAAGAACGGAGAAGUUACGCAAGAGAUCAGCGAUCCUAGUAGAACGUACAGAUUACUCGGAUCAGACAAAGUCGUGAUGUUGGAGAGUCAUUUGGUCGCAUCAGGUACGCUGACUGAGUCCGAGGGCGCGGACCUGUACAUACUCGCUGGGCACGAGGCCAGUUACUAAGUUUACCUCCCAACAGCGACUUCUCUUCGCGCGCGACAUAUGCGCGUAGUUUCCGUGCAUAACUUGGAUAUGCGACCGUAUCGAGGGACAGAGUGGUCGACGUUGGUAAGAAUAUUGUUAAUUAUCCUGUUACGAUCUAUCCGGAUACGAACGAAAUCAGCGAGCACGUAGGAGCGUGCGUAUCGCUACGUAGUCGAAACUGCAUAGGCUGGUUGUUAACCGAUCGAAACUCGAGCGAUCCAACGCGGCAUCGCGUCGCGUCGGGACGAAUCGUUGAAUAGAAACACGAUAUGAUUCAACUAUAUUACGUCGUUAUGCCUGGCAAAGUAAAGCUUAUAUGGAGCCGAAUCGGAUCCUCUCCCGAGAAACUUCAAUCUCGACGUUCGUUCUCGCGUGCAAACGUCUAGCGUACUGUAGACUUGAUUUGAAACGUUUCUUUCGAAACUUCAUCUUAGAUUCACGGGUAUUUAAACGCAUGUAUAAACGACAUUCACUUGUAGAUACACGAAUACUUAUAUUUUUAGAAUGAUUUUUAGAUAAUAUAUAAAAACGAAUCCCUACGAUCUUCAACGUAAAUUAUCGAUUAUAUCGUCGUAUAAGCAGCUUCUCGUCUGAACUUUGUACAAGUCGUAGAAGAAGGUAUUGGCCAAAGGUAGUUUAAGUAGAUUAGCGUAUAUCCGAAACGUGAAACAGAGAGCAACAAAGACAACGAUUUAAAUACAAAUUAGUUACCGAAUCAUAUAAAGGUAUAAUAUUUAUCGUGUAACAGUCGCGAAUAUAUUUUUCUCGCAUGAAAGACAAAAAUCGUAGUGCGCUUAGUGUUGGAACAACAAUCAUUCGUUCGUAUAAGUUUUACUUUGGUAGGUGUCAGGCGUUUACAUCAAAAGUUGUUUUAAAUAAGACAUUGCGUUCAUCAGUGUCUCUAAUUUUGGACGAUUGUACUAUAAAUAUACAGUAUAAAUUGCAAAAGUAGUUUAUGAUGGCAAUCAUAAAUUAUUUAUUUUAAGAAGUAUGUACGAGGUGAAGAAGGUUUUAACGAUCGAUUCAUUCGCAACAAUCAUUUUAUCUCACUACCAAGUGUUUUAUCUCGCGCGAUCAAUAAUAAUCGAACAUUGAUAAUAAUUGGAAUUAGAUUUGAAAUUCCUCCUCGUAGGUAAUUGCAUUCAUGAUGAUGACCGCGUAUCGAAAAUAUUCCAACGAUUUCUUCGUAUUGUACAUUCUAUGUGAAUUAAAAGUUUAGAAACACGAUGGUAUAGAACGUGAUUAGCGAUUUGCUUCUUCGAUAUAUGACGACUAUAAGUGCAUUUUUGUGUGACGGAUUCCGAGGCCGGGAAAAACGUGCGCGAAAGACUUUCUUAAACGCGUGAACCGCGUGUAAGUACAGGAGGAAGAGUGCUGGAUGAAAUUAGAGGAUAUGGAUUAUCGCGAAAAUUACAUUCAGCGAUCUGAUUUCGCUUCCAAAACUAACUUACUCCAUUUUCGUUUAUGAUACGUAUCUCGAUAUCUCGUAAAAUUCUGGUUCCGCGAGUGACAUCACUAUAAUACACAGUAGAAAUGUAUGUACUUGAAAGACCAUCGCUUGAAAUCCUUGCAGGAAAUCAGUAUUGUUAUUUAUUUACAGAUUCCACUCGUCUAUUCACAUCAAGGGUUUUGUUGAUACAUGAUACUCGUUUUAAGAAUAAUUUUUAUCCGAAUAUUGGAACGACCAACUUUUUACUAAUACAAGCAUUUACAUCUUUUGCACGUGGCAAAUUACGAUGAAAUAAAAGACAAGUUUUACUGUAGAUCGUUAGAUUAUUUUUUAAUAUAAUUUUCGCGAUUUAUAGAAUUUUAAACGUUACGCGUUGCAUUUAAGACUCGCGAUUCGUGGAUCGGAAAGAUAUAGAUCUCGCAGAAUAAUGUUUACGGGAAAAUCUAACGAAAAAAGACGGUCAGGUAUUAACAGUAUUUAAGCAAACAUUUCAAAUAUUAAAUAUUCGUUAGGAUAGUCGACAUAAAUUUAAAAUAUUAUUAGGUAUCACGCGUUUAAAUUCAAUGUGAUUUGGCCAAUUAUUCUAACGAGAUAUACUUAUAGACGUAUAUUUGAGGCCUUUAAUAAUUAAUUAAAAAUUCAAUUUAUUAGCGUCCUUUAGAUUAAUCAACGAGUAUCUAGCACUUUUCCAUCCGUGAUCCAUGUGUAUUAUAUAUAUCGCGUCAGCUUGCAAACCAAAGCGAUUAAUUUGCGAUGGCAUGAAUGGAGAAAAAGUGUAAAUUGAACUAGGAAGGAUCGACAGAGUAAAAAUUAUCUUGGAAAUGUUGAAAUAUUUUGGUAUUUUAUAUGAAGGUUCGCUGUGUAAAUAGAAAGUAGUAUUAUUAAAGAAAGUAUUACUCUAUGGAAGAAAGAGAGAGAGAGAAAGAGAUAAAACGAGUUCAGUAUAACUUAAUUAUUAUAUUAAACAAUACCCGAUUGCUUGUUGUUUCUCGGAUUGUGCCGAAGCAUAAGUGGUAGCUAGUUUAUACAAUUUUCAUUUACUAAACUUGUCCCACGAUGCACGAUUAUCUCUUAUUGUUAUAAAUGAAUAAGUCGUAGAACUAAUGAAAUUCGUACCACCGACGUCGAGGCACAAUUUAACACUGUGAAUUAUCAUCACGAGAUGCAACAGAAUUGCGCUUAAACGUUUUACGCUGACGCUGGUCCGUUGAACGAAAAUUAUUGAAAUCAAGUGUGUUCAUAGUAUGCUCCAACAUAGUUCCACGCAUCAUUUUUUAAAUAUCACUCUUGUCUUGCGCUUAACGUUUCACUCGGAACGAGUACGUAAAAGCUCUGUCCAUGUGUAAUUUACUCUUUACGUGCGUGCACAAAACCAGCGCACAACGUGACAAUUGACUAAUUUAAGUCUAUAUUCGUAUUCCCGACAGUCAAGGACCGUUUCGUGCAGCUUGGAAUAUUGUGGAGGUCGCAGCGAACUCCCUCCACACAGUAAAGCAUUGAGAUGCGUAAAACGAUCAAAAACUGAAUUGUGCCAGAUCCUAGAUUCUCGGGAACACGAUUAUAAUCGCGAACGUAGCGAACAGCAUUCUAUAUAGUAACGAAUUGACUCUUAUGGCAGCGAUAUCGAUAAGUUUUCUAAAUAUACGUGUACACGGUCGUAGCUUUAAAGACAAGAGAGAUGUUUCUUCAGAGAAUGACACGGUUCAAUGAGUCAGUCGAGUCAGCAGGUUAUCUCAAUCAAUGCUUAGAGCAAUCAAACGCGGAACGAUCGAAUCAAAUCGUACAACAAUUGUGCGGCGGGUUUGGGGGAGAGUGUAUCGUAGGACGUAGGAUGUUGUCCAUGGUAGAUCUUGUAAAUUGUAAACGAACGAUGCGCAAGGCAAUGUCUUCCCUGUAUUUGCUUUCGAGCAAGUAACUAUUAUGAGAUGUUGAGUGCUCACAAUGUCGGCAUUUCAAGAGAAAUUAUUUUGUAUCGACUAAUCUUAAUGAAUCCAUAGAAUCAUCCAAGUUGAAGUAACGAGCUUAGCUCUCGAGGAUUAUUUCGUUGAAAACUUGAUCGACCAUGUGUAUCUGUUUCUUUUACGUUCAGAUUUCAGACUUUACCGAUACAAGUGUACUUGAACCUUGUGCCGAUUGAUUUCACCCGUUGAUCAUUUGUUUGCGAACAAUACUUUCGUCUACGUGACUCUGCAAAUUUUUGUAUCGUACAGACAAUAAUUUAAUUGAUGGCGAUCCGCAUACACGUGUAUCGGCCGAAGAGAAUGUUUAGCUAUGCCAACGAGUUCAGCAGUUGAGGAUGUUGUAUUAGAAGAGAGGAGAGGAGAAAAUGCGCGUACUAAUUAUUAUAAAUGAUAGUAAUAAUGAUCCGUGGCAGACCAAACCAUUAGGAAAACGUAACCGAGAAACAUCUUACAUGCAGAUUUUACAUAUCCGUGUUCCACUUAUCGACCACGAAAUUUUAAAUAGAAACUUCGAGUUUUUACGUUGUGGAUAGUGCGUAGACGUUUCAUUUUUAUCGAAUCUUCGUGUAUCUACGUGUACACGCGAAUCGGGUGUCGAUCCCUUGGAAAAGUAUUCUCCACGCGUUGGACCAAUAUUUUUUUAACGGGACUAGAUUCGCUACGAAGUUAGAUUUCUAUAGCGUUAGGACAAAUAGUACACCGAUGAAAUGUACCUGUCCGUAUUGACCAGACUCAGUGGCUUCGCCUCUAAUUACGAGAAUGAAGAACAAACCAUUUAUCCGAGAGAAUCGUAGGAUCGCAUGAAAACAAAUUAGGAGAAUGUUCUCAUUACGUCUUUAAUACUCGUUUUAUAUUCGUUUCUGUUGUAACGAUAAAAUUGGGAUCGAAUCCUGAGAGCUAGUGUGAAACGAGAUUCAAUUUUUCUCUAAACUACGAUGCACAAAUAUGUGAAAAAAGAAUCGCUCUCAGGAUUAUCGCGGGUGCUAUUAAGUUACAUGGAGAAAGAAAAUUUCGUUCAAGUUCUUCUAUAGCUCGACUGUGAACGUGCGAACAAAAUUAAAUAAAUACUUUGAGAAGCAAGUACAUAUACGCGCCGUAGAAGUGACGAGACUUAUGUAGAAAAAGCGAGAUAGAGAAAAGAAAGAACAGAGACACGAAACAGAGAAAUAUAGUAUAAUGAGUAUAUAAAUAUAUUAUAUAUAAAUAUAUAUUUAAUAAAGGAGAGAGAGGGAAAAGAAAAGCGCGAGUUCUAAAAAUUUAUUAGCGUGGAUAACGACGCGUCGUCGAUAUUUGUCGUUUAGUUAUGCGCUUAGCGUUUCCAGGGGGAGAGAACAAAAAGAGAAACGGGAUAAAACUAUUGAUAACUUGUCAAUAUUGUCAAUAUAGCGCAAUUAUUAACCAAAGGCUUUAGCUGCGAAUAGAAACGACGAUAACUUUCAUGGGAGGUAUUCUCAUGCAAACGAGUCGUCGUCGCGUUAAGCGAAUUCUAUGUAUAGGUUUAAGGAGCUUCUCGAUAAGAUGCUUGCAUUGGAAAAAUUGUACGACGAAAACUAGACGAGAUCUCGUCUUGAAUUUUGUUCAGACGAUAACAGCGUCUUCCAAUGCCUUUCAUUUCGAGGAAUCCCUUCAGAAUCGCGAGACUUAAGAUCGGUGUUGGUGUUUUCAUUUUUCCUUAAGAAUAUCGUAUAAUUAAGUAGGUAAAUAAAUUGUGCGAGGGAUUCGAACGAAACUUAUGUUGGAAAACGCUGAUCGUCCUAUACUCACGAUGCUCGAAGAGUCACUGUUGUCCUUGGGUGAAGCUUCCGUACUCGUUAGCAGAAAUGGGUACUUUUCACUCUUUUAACGAUAAACAGAUUUAUCUCGUAUUAGGCUCUCAAACGAUCUCGUUUUACGCCCGAUUCUGACCCGAUUUGAUCAAAUUUGAAGCUCGGCUUGGACAGCAUUGAUUUAAGUAAUUUUUCGCGUAACGAGCAUACAGAAUUAUUUACUAUGUACGACAUCGAUAUCGUAGAAACUCUAUAAACGAAACGAACCUUAAUUUAUUAUUCUUUAUAUUUAUAUUCGUAACUAAUGAAGAUUUAAAGAGAAGAGGAAAUAGAAGAUUCUUCUGAACAGGAGAGACGGACUCUGAUUCGGAAUAAUCACAUAAAGGGAUGAAGUGUAUCAUAGUUACUACAGUUGUACAUAAUGUGUAUAAUGAACAAUCGUUACUUUUCUAUUUUCAGUUCAUUGAGCUUCUCAUCUCUUAGUCAUUACUUUAUCUUUUUCUUUUGUCUUUUUUUUAUAUAUAUAUAUAUAUAUAUAUAUAUACGUACAGUAUUGCGAAGCUAAUUUAUGAACGUUAUGUAUCGUUUACUAUUGUAUCUGUAAACACGACUAGCCGAAACCUAUUGUAAAUAGAACAUCUCUCGUAAUAAAAUCUACCUGAAAUAAUUA